AAUUUUAGUACAGACUCCGGACCUUACCCUCUAGAGUGUAGUGGGUGUUUCCGGCUCUUCUCAGUUGCAAAUUCGUAAAUUUUCGGAGACCCGCCAGGACUCUGAGUCUUGCUUUCCCCAUUGAAACGCCUUUUGUGGUGGUGCAGUGUCUGGGACUACUUAAUGGCGUCCUCUUCUCAGAGACUGCAGACUAAACCAGUCAUUACUUGUUUCAAGAGCCUUCUGUUGAUCUACACCUUCAUCUUUUGGAUCACUGGCAUAAUCCUUCUUGCUGUGGGCAUUUGGGGCAAGGUGAGCUUGGAAAAUUAUUUUUCACUUUUAAAUGAGAAGGCCACCAAUGUCCCCUUCGUGCUCAUUGUCACUGGCACUGUCAUUAUUCUUUUGAGUACCUUUGGUUGUUUUGCUACCUGCCGAGCUUCUGCAUGGAUGCUAAAACUGUAUGCAAUGUUUCUGAUUCUCAUUUUUUUGGUUGAACUAGUCGCUGCCAUUGUAGGAUUUGUUUUCAGACAUGAGAUUAAGAACAGCUUUAAGAAUAAUUAUGAGAAGGCUUUGAAGCAGUAUAACUCUACAGGAGAUUAUAGAAGUGAAGCAAUAGACAAGAUCCAAAAUAUGUUGCAUUGUUGCGGUGUCACUGAUUAUAGAAAUUGGGAAGAGACUCGUUAUUACUCAGAAAAAGGAUUUCCCAAGAGUUGUUGUAAACUUGAAGAUUGUUCGCCACAGAAAGAUGCAGAUAAAGUCAACAGCGAAAUUUCCACUCCUAAGGCUUGAAGAUUUUGCUUCAGGGGCCUGGAUCAAGUGAGGACAGUAAGGGAAGUCACAUUUUCACAGAGCUCUCUGUUACUAGUCACUCAUUUUUCAUAUGGUGCAAUGAUCUGUAUGCAUAGUAUUGCUGAUUUUGAUUUGUGAUUGGAUAAUUAUUUGGGUUUGUUUUUUAAGAAGGAAAAGGUAACUUGGAUCUUAGGUUUUCCAAUACUACUGUCCACAACUAGAUUUCUCUAAAUGUAUAUUUCUUUUAACGUGGCCAAUCAUGACUUGAAAUUACAAAAAGCAAGAGCUAGAAUUAUCUCUUGGCAGUACAUGUCUUCUAAAAGUAGUUAACUUUGGGAGCACCCAGUGUCCUCUUAGUUAACAAAGUAUGAAAUAGAUGGGAACCUUGUUUUUCUCUGCAAUCAUUAAAAUGUCUAAAAACAUUAACAUGUUUCUCUCCUGGACUCAAUUUGCCUAGUAGUUGUACAUGAGUUCCAACCUCUUAAAAUUUAGAUCUUACAACCCUACAUUCAAUAUGUGCCUAUUAUUUUGUAUAGGUGCUAAUGUUGUAGUUUGAAUUGAUCUUCCAAGGUUCUGCUUCUUACUACAGCAUGAGUUUCUAUUAUGGUUCUAAAUGAUUUUUUUAGGGCAUGGGUUCUUCCCUCAUAUUUAACAUUGUGGAAAUAAGACAAAUUCAAGGCUAGUCCUAGUAUAGUUAUAAAAAAGCAUGUAUAACUGUCUGUGCAUUCGCUAAUACAAGAGCCACUAGCCUCCUUUGAAGAAUUAUAAAAUGAAAACUUUAGUUGUUCUAGCCCCAUUUGAAGUGUUCAGUAGCCACAUGGAGCUAAUGGCUACCAUAUUGGACAGCAUAUAUACUGACAUGAUUACAACACUGCUUUCCUUAUAGAUGGAGAUUUUACUUAAUAAGAUGUUUAUUCUAAACUAUAUAAUUGCUUUUUCUGGCAAAGAGGAGAAGAAGGGGGCAAGUAGAGCCCCUGAACUUAUGAAUUUUCCUUCGAUGCUAGUUUUGAAAUUCUGAGUCAUGGUAGUUAUAAAACUUCACUUACAUUCUUUGAAUGCACAGUUUCAAACAUAAGUCUUGAAAAAUCCAAGGAAAUUAUUGAUGAAUUAUAAGUGAAAGGAGAGUACAUCUAUAAACUAGGUCUUCAAGGUCAUAUGUGUGUGUAUUUAAUUUUUUUCAUAUUUUC